UGUCCGGGCAGGUGCACCGCGGAGGGGCGCUCAGUCGUGACCGACCACCGGCUGGCAGCGGUGCGCGCGUGCUGUGACGACGCCAGCUCCGCCUCCGCAGCGUGGGGCCGCACCGGGCCGAAACCGCCGGCGACGCCGGAACUUUGACGAGACCCCGGCGGGGUCAACUCCGCGGCGAUGGCGGUGCUGCUCGUGCUCGCUGUCGUGUCCGCCUGUCUGCGAGGCGUGCAGUCUGUGCAGAUCACGGAGCUGUCCGUGCCCUCUACGGUACUCAACGGCUCCGUGCCCAGCGUCGUACUCGACUGCCUGUACGCGCUGGACACGCCCAACAACACCGCCUCCGGCCUGGUGGUCAAGUGGUACCACAACCGCAGCCCGGCGCCCGUCUACCAGUGGAUCCCCGGCUACCCGCCGCAGGCGUUCGGCCUGCUCCGAGGUCACGUCAACCUGGGUCACGUGGCCAGCGAAGACCCGCUGAUGCGUCACCGAGCUGUUCAGCUGAUCCAGCCGCGACCAGAGCUGAGCGGGGAGUUCACCUGCAAGGUCACCACGUGGUCAGGUGUGGCCUCAUCCACCAAACGGAUGGUCAUCUACGCUCCGGUCAAGACGAUGAGUAUAUCGACCUCAAAACCGUCGUCGCACCGAGUGACCUUGACCUGCCAGGCUGAGGGCAUGUACCCGGAGCCUGAGGUCAGCAUAGUGGUCCAGGGAUCGCAAUCCAGCAGGGAGCGGCUGAGGGGCCUACAAGUGACGAAGGCGCUAGUGGACGGCGCCUACAGCGUCCGGGUGACCAAGCAGCUGGACGACAGGCAGAUCCCUGCCCAGUGUCUGAUCCACUGUCUGCUCGUCCUGCCGCACACCGGCUACUCGGUGUCAGAGAAGAUACCGCACAUCAGAGGGGCCGCAUCCCAUUCAACGACUCCGAUAUUUGGACGCAAGCAAAAGUUUGCAGGACGAUCUUUACGGAGGCUCGCAGGCUCUUCUCAUCGAAGUCAGUUGAGCACCAGCUUACAUGGUGUCCUCCUGCUUGGCAUUCUUCUGAGACUACUCAGGCCAAUUUGUGAUGUGACGGGAUGGGCGCGACUGCCGUGAAGCCGACCCCCGACUACACGGUGAACCGUGACGUCAUCAAACGUCGUCGUGACGUCAUCAAACUAGUCAGAGACUCGACCAAGUGCCUGUGAUUGCUAGAGCCAGAGACAGCUGGCUUCCUCGAUAGUGACUUUUGUGUUGUUGCGUGUUUGUGAAUGUUCAUUGCCGAGCGGAAUGGCUUAGGCUUAUGUUGUCGCUUGUGACAUGCAUAUGCGAUGAAGGGCGGUGAAUGAUUGCGAACUUGAUGAUGUUUUAACCCUGCUGAUAUUACUGAUCGAAUAUAUGCAUCCAUUGUGCUGUGCGA